GUUCUAUAUUUAUGGUCAGUACACAAACCCUAAAACCUCUCUGAACAGUCAAACAACACUUCUUAGCCUCCGCUCUCACUCUUUCUCCGAGAGUUAGGCCGUCAGAUCUUGUUGCAUCGAGCGAGCACUCCGAUCUGUUAGCCAUGGCUCUGGUGUUGCACUCGGGAAGCACAAAUAAAAAUGCUUUCAAGGUUCUAAUUGCUGCAGAGUAUUCUGGUGUCAAAGUUGAAUUGGUCAAGAAUUUUGAGAUGGGUGUGACGAAUAAGGCUCCUGAGUUUCUCAAGAUGAAUCCCCUUGGAAAGGUUCCUGUUCUGGAAACACCUGAUGGCCCUAUCUUCGAGAGCAAUGCCAUUGCUCGUUAUGUUACCCGAUUGAAGGCAGAUAAUCCUCUAUACGGAUCUUCAUUGAUUGAAUAUGCCCAUAUUGAGCAGUGGAUUGAUUUUGCAUCAAUGGAGAUUGAUACCUCCAUCGCACGCUGGCUAUAUCCACGACUUGGCUUUGGUGUAUACCUUCCUCCGGCCGAGGAAGCUGCAAUUUCUGCGCUGAAGAGAGGACUAGGUGCUUUGAACACAUAUCUAGCUUCAAACACUUACCUGGUUGGACAUUCUGUGACGCUGGCUGAUAUUGUCAUGACAUGCAAUUUGGCAUAUGGCUUCAGCAAAUUGAUGACUGCAAGCUUUACAAAAGAAUUUCCUCAUGUUGAGAGAUACUUGUGGACUAUGGUUAAUCAGCCAAAUUUCACUAAGAUAUUGGGUGAGGUGAAACAAGCAGAAUCUGUUCCUCCUGUUCAUAAGUCUACACAGGCUAAAGAACCUGCAAAACCCACAAAGGAGGAGACAAAGAAAGAGGCCAAAAAGGAAGCCAAGAAAGAACCAGCAAAGCCUAAAGAAGAGGAUGAAGUUGAGGAAGAGGCACCCAAGCCCAAGGCAAAGAAUCCACUUGAUCUUUUGCCUCCUAGCAAGAUGAUUCUGGAUGAAUGGAAGAGACUUUAUUCAAACACAAAGACCAACUUCCGUGAGGUUGCUAUUAAAGGCUUUUGGGACAUGUAUGAUCCCGAGGGAUACUCUCUUUGGUUUUGUGACUACAAAUACAAUGACGAGAACACAGUCUCAUUUGUGACGCUCAACAAGGUUGGCGGCUUUCUGCAGCGUAUGGAUUUGGCUCGUAAGUAUGCUUUUGGGAAGAUGCUGGUGAUUGGCUUAGAGGCACCCUUCAAGGUGAAGGGCCUGUGGCUCUUCCGUGGACAGGAGAUCCCUCAGUUUGUACUUGACGAGUGUUAUGACAUGGAGCUGUAUGAAUGGAAGAAGGUUGACAUUGCAGAUGAGGCACAGAAGGAGCGUGUGAGUCAGAUGAUUGAAGAUUUUGAGCCUUUUGAGGGGGAGGCUUUGUUGGAUGCCAAGUGCUUCAAGUGAGAAAUAUCCCGUGUCUGGAUUAGGGUCACUUUUAGCCUUUGGGAGUCUCAAAAUGAACUUUGUUUUUGUUUUCUGUCUUCCUACUUGUGACUGCCAAUCAUUUUUGUCAAAAUCUUGUCAUAUGAUGUGUUAGUCCAUCUGAUGUUUAUUGGGAUACAGUUGUUUAAAUUACGUUACUUACACCAGUUGAAUCGUCAGUUUAGAGUGUUGUCUGUAGAUUAUAUAUGUGGAGGUUUUGAUGAAAAAUGCAUUAUGUCG